AUGCUGCAGCUGAUGAUGGCGCUGGCCUUCUCGGCGGCGCCGCUGACGCUCUACGUGCCGCCCGUGCGCAGCCUCAGCCUCUUCGUGGAGGCCAUGGAGACGGUGUGCCGCGAGUGCGCGCCCUACUCCCAGGGCGCCGUCUCCCGCUUCCGCCUCGGCCUCUCCCGCAUCUUCGCCGGCCUCGCGCGCGCCCUGCGCUAA